AAACUACCGACCAGAAAAAGGAUAAUAAUAGUAGUACCACCACCACAUCAUCAUCAACCACUCCCCAACAACAUCAAGAACAACACCCGUGUUUCCUGCGCCCGACGAACUCCGCGAAGAAUUUCACGCGGAUAACGAAGUCGCGGAUCACAAGGAAUAAAGUCCUUGAAUAUCAAGACCAGUUCAUCUCCCCCUUCGACACGGCCUGCAAUUUCGCCUGCGUCACCGCGGUCGCGGCCGCCCUUAUUGUCGGCUGCGUCUCCAUCCAGAGCUCCUCCGCAAUUCCGCCCUUCUUCCGCUCGAUCGAGAAGAUCUUGGACCUCAUAUCAAGAUGAAAAAUCCCCCCUCCCCAUAUCAAAAGAAAAUCAGAGAAAGUUUCUGAUGCUGGAUUUGCGUACACAAAUGAGGUCUCUCUUGCUGUAAGGAAUUGCGGGCAGAUUCUUAGACUGUUUACGUGCGCAAGGGUCUAGCUGUUUAGCAUGGGAAACGCCUGCCGCGUAGGCCAAGCAGCAUGACAAACCGCAUCCAUGAUGCGGCGCAUCCCUCACCGCUUGCCUUUUUGCAAGACAAAAAUGAUUUGUGGCCACAAAUCUGCAUCACAAAUUUCGCGACGGAUGCCUUUUCAAUAUGGGGAGGGGGGAUUUUUCGUCACAAUACCUCAGGCCGACGGGGUUCGUCGCCGGGUAUUUGCGGAAAUUAAGGAACAAAGCGCGAGUAUGGGGGUGUCAGAAUUGAAAUCGUCAAAGUUGAAAAAUUUGGGAUGCAUGAAAUCGAUACCACUUGGAGCCUCAGUUUCCAAGUUGCGCAUGACAAAUUUCGGGAGCACCCGAAUCCAGUCUGUCAUGCUGUUUGGGCAAAGAAGACUGCUCCUGUCGUGCCACUCUGGCAGCGCAUUGCAUGCCCCUAAACAGGAUUGCUCUCGGUCUCAUUUGCUGCUUCCCAAUACAGGCCUGCAGUGCCCUACAUUUUACGCAUCACAAGUUUUUCGAUUUUGUCGAUUUCAAACCUGACGUUUCCAUACCGAGUUCUGUUCGGUGGAGACAAAGAGUUGUCAGAAAAACAAAAGAUUGCUCGUCGUGCUGACCCUUUGUGGAGGAGGAAAACCCGACCCCCACCGGCAGUUUUCGACUACAGCGAAAGCGACGUAAAAAAACUACCCGCGGUCACCUGUCCGGCGCGGAGAAAAUACCUGCAAAAAGAGUUGUCGCAGUUACUGGUUUAUCAAAUGUAAAAAUGUCUGGGUCUGGAAGAGUGGGAACUUGUCAUGCGAAUUCUGGAAUAGGCAAAAAUUUGUAUUGCAUCAGCACCAAAAGCUUCCCAUUUAUUGCUACGCAAAUAGGGAAUUUCUCAUGCGGGAUAGACAUCAGGAGGCCUGCGCAAAACCUGUCAUGCUUUUGCGUGCAUUAGAGACCAGUUGCGUGAUCGAGAAGAUGCAUGACAAACUCCUGCAAUCUCCCAGACCCAGACAUUUUUGCAUUUGAUAUCGUCCGAGGAGAUUUCUUCUUUCACAUCACGAACAAGGACAUGCGGGAACGGGAAGAGGAGUUGCUUCUCCCGGUCGCAGUUGUUGCGGAGGCGGUUGUUCAAGAUGUAGAUGCAUCUUCUUCUUUUUCUUCAAAGGGGGCCAACGACACUCUUCAUCUUCUUCUUCUGCAAGGCGAAGAAGAAGAACAAGAAGACCGAGAGCAGGUGGCAAAGAAGGGCAAGAACUCUGUCGUGUCAACUACGACAUCUACUAGUGGAGACGAAAUCAUCUUGGAGAAGAUUCGAAAAAUUCUAUCAGGAGUCGUCGGCAACAUCAACAAGAAGACCGAAGAACAAGAAGGAGAGCAGCAGACAAAGGUCGUGAAAGGCCACAACUCCAGCUUUGAAGAGGUGUCGUCCACAAGGAGACCUAUAAUUGGCCCGCCUGACAAGCUCGAGGACGCGGCUGAGAAGCUCAAGGAAAUUUUGGAAAGAGGAAAAGCUGCAGAUGCUGCGCGUGCUGCUGGUACUCUUCUUGCAGCUCCAGCUGAGAAGAAGCUCAAGGAUACCGAAAUUUCCGCAAAAGUAGAAAAAGCUGCGCGUGCUGCUGGUGCUCAACAUCUUGUACUUCCAGCUGAGAAGGUGAAGGAAAUUUUAGCUCUUGCUCCACGUGAGAAGCUAAAGGAAGUUUUAGCAAAAGAAAAAGCAAAAAAAAAAGCUGCAAUUGUUGCUCGGCAGAAGGAGAAGAUAAAGGAAAUUUUGGCAAGAGGAUUUCCUGGUCGUGGUGAUUCACGGUCACCACCAUUGCCACCGCAAGAACUACUACGACCAGAAUCUUCGUCCGACAAGGCAGCUAAAAAGAACAUUUCUGACCUCCUCGCGCCACCAACUGUAUACAAUGUAGGAACAGAACAAGUACUAGAACCAGUACCAGCUUCACGGGACGUACCAUCUUCAAAUAAACCUCCUCCUCCCCCCCGGCCAGAGCAGUACAAACUUCUCGGAUCCAAACCUCCUCGUCCGCCCCUGCCAGAAUACAAACUUGACCGCCUCGCGCCGAUCUGCGUUCGGCCCACAGUAGGUCGUGAACUUGACACGCCGGCGAAGUCGAUCGCGUUGAAGACGGAGAAUGUGAAUCAACUGGGCGCAGAGCAGUUUUUGGCGAAGCUGGGAAUGCACCUGGAAAACCUGUACCUCUACUUGAACCGCGAACGGAACGCGCAAAAGGACACCGUCAUCAUCGACAGAAUAAGAUCGACUAUGGCCGCGCCUCGAAGAACGUCGCCUAGAAUGACUGCCGCGAAGGAAAUACCGACCCCAAUUUCAACAAGCACCGACAAGGCGAAAGAACCAGCACAACCAAGUAGUAAAGCAGAACCGCCCACACAAACUUUACUGAGUGCCGCGACGAAAAACACGAUUUCCGACAGUCGCAGGGCGAAAGAACCAGCCUACCCAAAUAUGAAAGCAGGACCGGCGCCUCUUGUGGUGAGUGCGAAUGCCGCGAAGAUGAAAACCCCAAUUUCCGACACCGGUGGGGUGAAACCACCAUACCCAAAUAAAGCAGGACCGCCUACUGUGGCGACGGCGAGUGCCGCCAAGAAAAGCCCAAUCCUUGUCGAACCCGGUAGUGCGAAAGACCCUGCAUACUCGAAUAAAGUAGCAGGACCGAGUACUACGGAAGACGACAGAUGCGACGACGAUGAUGCGAAGAGCAUUAAAAGCUCGUCGAGCAGGCGGUCUGGGAGAUUUUCGGACUCGGGUUUUUCCGAUUCGAAAUCCAUUUCUCCACUGGAUGACGGUAAAUUGACUGCUUUUACAAAGAGCAAAAGCACAAUUCCAGUAACCACUGGCAGCGCGAUGAAAUCUUCAGCAUGCCCAAAAAUAAAUCAAGCAGGGGCGCCUACUGUAGUGAGUGCCGCAAGAACUACCGCCAACAAGAAAAGCACAAAUCACGACACCGGCAGUGGCAGGGCGAAAGUUGCAAACCCAAAAGCGGCAGGCGUUCUUUUUGGAAAGCGAGCCGCUCCCGUGACCACGAACAAAAGUCAGCCGCCUGGAAAUAAACAAGUUCGGAAAGAACGGCCGAAACGCUAUGACAAUGCACAACUCCCCCUCGUCCCCCUCAUUUGUCAUGCAAAACCCCAAAUCCACCGAGUGCUUCUGCUUCCCUGUGGCACUGUUUGCAUAACAGAUUCUGGAAGCCCAAACAGUACUACACUAGGCGCAUGAGUUUGUCAUGCACAGGCUCGUCCACGUGUCCUGGUGUUUGUAUUGCUGCUCAUGCAAUACAAAUGAGGGGGAGGGGGAGUUGUGCACUGUCAUAAACGGGCUUCUUUAGGACAAGGCCCUUCGUGUCCUCGUACUGGGUUGGUGUUUUAUCCCGGAGCUAUCAAAAGGAAAGAUCCCCCCUCCCCAUAUCAAAACGAAGUUUCUGAUGCAGGAUUUGCGUACACAAAUAACAUCUGUCUUGCUGGAGAGGAAUGCAGCCCCAUACUAAGCCUAAGUAGAGUGGCUCUGGCCUAGGCGUCUAGCAUGAGAAACGUCCGUGCUGGAGGCCCAUCAGCAUCACAAACCGCCUGCACAAUGCUGCGGAGCUUGUGGAGUUGCCUUCUUGCAAGACAGACGCGAUUUGAGGUCGCAAAUCAGCAACACAAAUUUUCGGAAACAUACCUUUUCGGUAUGGGGAGGGGGGAUUUUUCCUCUUAAUAGGAGCAUUUUUUUGAACUAUUCGAUGUUAGAGUAAAAGUAAGGGUAAACU